UGGCUGGGAGACUGGAGCAGUGUGUCUGAAGAGAAAGAGCUGGCAGCCAAGCUCCGCGGGGCCAUGCGAGUGGUGCUGUGUUACGGACUCCUUCCUUUAAUCCCUUAUGUUUUCCGAAGUGAACCCUGUUACAUAGUCAUAUUGACCCCAAGAGUUACAGGCUGAAAGGACCAGGGCAGACAAGGGGUUAUAUCAGUUGAUCGGCUGCCACCGCUGCGACCUCCAGCCGCGACAGCAGCACCCUGCACACCCCGGCCCGGAACUAACCUUGGCUGCCUGCGCUUGGCAGGGACGGGGGCGCCCCGCUUUGUGCUACUGUGGAGCAGGAACGGGCAGAAGACGGUCACCGGUGCGGCCACACCACGCAACUGCCUGUGCUGACGUGACGCGGCAGCGGGCACGGGGUGGAAGCCACCUCCACUGGCAGCAGCAGAAGCUCAGCUCAGCCUCAGACCGUAGCACUGUGAAGGAGAAACUCUGCAAAUAUUUCUCAAUGACUCUAUAGCCAACUGAUGUAACAAUGGUACUAAUAUUGGGACGCAGACUGAAUAGAGAGGAUAGCGGGAUACGAGAUUCCCCUGCCACCAAGCGGAAAGUUUUUGAAAUGGACCCAAAGUCAUUGUCAGGCCCUGAGUUUUUCGACUUCUCCUCGGGAUCAUCCCAUGCUGAAAGCAUUCUCCAGAUCUUCAAUGAAUUCCGAGACAGCCGGUUGUUCACAGAUGUUAUUAUCUGUGUGGAAGGGAGGGAGUUUCCCUGCCACCGAGCAGUUCUCUCAGCCUGCAGCAGCUACUUCAGAGCUAUGUUCUGCAACGACCAUAGGGAGAGCAGAGAGAUGCUGGUGGAGAUCAAUGGCAUUCUUGCUGAAGCUAUGGAUUGCUUUUUGCAGUAUGUAUACACGGGCAAGGUGAAAAUCACUACAGAGAACGUGCAGUAUCUCUUUGAAACAUCAAGUCUCUUUCAGAUCAGCGUUCUGCGCGACGCCUGCGCCAAGUUCCUGGAAGAACAGCUGGAUCCUUGCAAUUGCCUGGGCAUCCAGCGCUUCGCAGAUGCGCACUCGCUCAAGACACUGUUUACCAAGUGCAGAAACUUUGCGCUGCAGACAUUUGAGGAUGUGUCCCAGCAUGAAGAAUUCCUCGAGCUGGGGAAGGAUGAGCUUAUUGAUUACAUUUGCAGUGAUGAACUGGUGAUCAGUAAGGAGGAGAUGGUGUUUGAAGCUGUCAUGCGCUGGGUGUACCGGGCAGUCGAGUUGCGAAGACCAGUGUUACAUGAACUUCUGACGCACGUCAGGCUCCCCUUGUUACACCCAAACUACUUUGUGCAGACUGUGGAAGUGGACCAGCUGAUUCAGAACUCCCCAGAGUGCUAUCAGCUGCUGCAUGAAGCCAGGCGAUACCAUAUCCUUGGAAAUGAGAUGAUGUCUCCCAGAACUAGGCCACGCAGAUCAACUGGUUAUUCUGAGGUGAUAGUUGUUGUUGGAGGCUGUGAACGAGUUGGAGGGUUUAAUUUGCCAUAUACUGAGUGCUACGAUCCUGUAACAGGAGAGUGGAAGUCACUGGCUAAACUUCCAGAGUUUACCAAGUCUGAGUAUGCAGUGUGUGCCCUACGGAAUGAUAUUCUUGUUUCAGGUGGAAGAAUCAAUAGCCGGGAUGUUUGGAUUUAUAACUCUCAACUUAACAUUUGGAUCAGAGUUGCCUCCUUAAAUAAAGGCAGAUGGCGUCAUAAAAUGGCUGUUCUUCUUGGUAAAGUGUAUGUUGUUGGAGGAUACGAUGGGCAAAACCGCCUCAGCAGUGUGGAGUGUUACGAUUCAUUUUCUAAUCGAUGGACGGAGGUGGCUCCCCUUAAAGAAGCUGUGAGCUCUCCGGCUGUCACCAGCUGUGUUGGCAAACUCUUUGUGAUCGGGGGUGGUCCUGACGACAACACGUGUUCUGAUAAGGUUCAGUCUUACGAUCCUGAUACUAAUUCUUGGUUGCUCCGUGCAACUAUCCCUAUCGCCAAAAGAUGUAUUACGGCUGUGUCUUUAAACAAUCUGAUCUAUGUUGCUGGUGGGCUUACCAAAGCAAUAUACUGCUAUGAUCCAAUCGAGGACUACUGGAUGCAUGUGCAGAAUACAUUCAGCAGACAGGAGAACUGUGGCAUGUCUGUGUGUAAUGGAAAAAUCUAUAUCCUUGGUGGAAGGCGAGAAAAUGGUGAAGCCACAGACACUAUUCUUUGUUACGACCCUGCAACGGGCAUUAUCACAGGAGUAGCAGCCAUGCCCAGGCCAGUAUCAUAUCACGGCUGUGUGACAAUUCAUAGAUAUAAUGAAAAAGGCUUUAAACUGUAGUAUUUUUCUUGGAAAAAAAGAAGAUGGCACGAAUGAAACCAGUGGUCUGCUGCAAGACAGGCUUUUUAAAGAUUCCUGAAGUGGGAGAAUGCCCUUUCCCUGCCUAAGUGUCAUAUGAAAAUUAUAUCCUGUGCCUUUAGAAAAAGGGUUAAUUUAACUUGCAAAACAAGUCUGCAAAUCAAUCCAGUAGCCAGAGUUCAGUUAUAUCUGCUGUGGGCUCUGAUAUGAGAGCAGUAACAAUACAUUGUACUAGUGUUCAGAAAGUUUGCCCUAUGUGUGCUUAGUAAUUAAAAUCUUGGAAGCUUUUUGGGGAAAGUGCCUUCACAAGCAUUUGUGCCUGUGUCCUGAGGAGCGUUAUCUGCAAGGUGUUUCAGGUUCUGCUAAUUGGAAAAAUACGUGGGCAAGUAAAUUCAAAAGAAUCAUCUAAGAUAACUACCUACAAUUUAAAAAAGCUUACAUAAUUAUAGUUCAUAUGCACAACAUUCUUACAAGCAGAUUACUUGCCUUAACUAAGUAGAUUUUAUGUCAGGUCAUGCAUGGGUUGGAAUUUAAACAAACAAACAAAACCAAACAAACCAAACUAUGUGGGACAGAAUCUUUGAGGAAUGCUUUUUUUCUGAAGGAGGAACUGGUUGUUUCGUGAGCCACUGCAACUCACUGCAGUAACAAUCAUGUACCUUAGCACUAUGGGCCUUAUUCUUAGUGUUGCUAAACAUUCAUCAGAAGUACAAGGCUCCAUGACAUGGAAAACUAGUGACCACUGGCAUAUAGGCACGCAUCUGUGAAGCAAAUUAGGAAUCCCAGUUUUUAACUUUCUGAAUAGUAAUGGCUGAAUUCUGAAAGUUACUGGGUUUGUUCUUGGCUCACUGCGAAGUAUCUCUAAACUAUUCAAGAAAUAAAGGAUGAUGACCUCUGGAUUCUUCUGCUUUUUUGAAUCACAUUAUAAAUUGCCUGAUGAUAGAUGUAGGGAAUGGGGUUGCACCCUACAGCUGAUAAAUUGGUCUUUCAGAUAUCUCAUCUGCAGAGGUGGCAGAGUACCUGCCAAGUAUUUCUUGGCCUUUCUUCAGACAAUCACUUACUCUAGCACAGUUAAACUACUGUAUAAGCUGCUUGGCCACAGGUAAAGAAGUUCUGGAAAGGUUCCUUGUGUCACCAGAAAGAAUAUCUGUGGACCUGUCCACAUAGCCAUAUGAGGAAACUCCCACAUAACAUGUUUUGGGUAAUUUUGAAGCUUUGGAAGCGCCUGUAUUUUGACAUACACACACACCCCCUUUUUUUUUAAAGUAAAUGUUUUUGGUUCUUUAUAAGUCCUCCCUAGGUUUCUGUACUAGGUCUCUUUAUUUCUAGUACACAGUUGCGUAGUUGAGGCACAAGUUCAUAGAAACUGAAAUAGCACUUGAGAGUUGGAAAAUGAAUAGGAUUGUCUGUGUACCAAUUUCCUGUUAAUCACCAAAAUCCUCAGGAACUGCCUUUCAAAGGAAUUCUGAGGACAGCAGCCAGUAGGGAAGUUGGUCAGUGCCAGGGCAGAAGGAAAACAUAAGGCCCCUGCAGAGACAGCCCUGGCCUCAGGGUUCUGGUCUCCAUGCUUGCUCAGGAGGGUGAAAACAAGCACCAUCUCUGGAACGUCGUUUGUUCCACUGGACUUUCCUCAUCUGUUUUCCCAGAGUAUUUCUUCAUGAGAUGGAAAUUCUGACCCUCAGUGAAGCUGUGCCAACUGGGAGUCAUCACUUUGAGUAACAUAUGGUCGUGACUUUUAAAGAGCACUGGGAGCUGCACUUAGUGAUGCAUUAACUUGUAACCUCAGGAAAGGACACAAACUUCAGUUUCUGGCUGAAUACCAAACAUUGCUUUGUAUAUGUUAAGAAUACUGAUAAGUACAAAUCUCUGCAUAUCCCUGGUGUAAUUAGGAAUUCAGUCCCUGAGCAUGUACAUUCAUAUUGCCCUAAAAAGAAAGUCCAUUGGGAAUGUAAGACAAAUGAAUCGGAUAAAUUAAUCCUUUUCUAAGUUUCUUGUGUUUCUGCUCACCAAAUGUUACUUCGAAAAGGUAAUUUCAGUACCUGUGAAUAAGGUCCGUUGAUAGCAAUGGUAAUUGCCCAGUAACUGAUACUGUAUACUAGCACUGUAUAUAACUUGUGCCAUCAUUGUAAAUGAACAUGUAAAAAAUGAUAGGAGCACUUAAUUAGAGAUGCAAUUUGAAAAAUGCUCUCCUUUGAUUCCUUUCUUGUUUGUAUUAAGACUUGUAAUGUUAUUGUCAUGCUAAACUGCUUUGAAACAUUCUUUAUUCUGUAGGUGUAGAACAAUGUAAUUUAUGUAUAGGUAUCUUUUAAUUAAUCUGUGUUUAUAAUACUGCACUACUCUGUAAAUAACCAGAUACCGCUUUCCAUGGUUUUGAAGAUUUAUUUUAUAGUUUAGUUGCCUUUUCUUAACAAUGUAUGUACUGUUACCUAUUAUUUUGAAAACAACAGUGUUUAAUGAACCAGUAAAGGCAGAAAUGUAGAUGUAGAAGAAAACUUUGCUUAGAAUUCUUGAGAACCUGUACUCAGUGCUGAACAGUUACAUGUGUGGAGCACUGCUAAAGUGGCAGUUAUUCAUGCAAUGAUUUCCUUACUUGUUAACUCUGUAAAUAAUUUGCACUUACAGCCUGCUGUGUUAGAAAAAAUAUUUUUAGAUGCACUAGAAAAGAACAAUUCAACUUUGGUUUAAUGAAAAUUUAUCGGUUUUCUAAGAAAGAUGCAUUAAUUUGGAAGUUGUGUUCCUGAGCCACCUGUUCUCUGAUGCAUUUCACUUGGGUAUAGAUGAAUUCAAAGAUUUAAACUCUCACUAUUAUGCAUAUCUAGCUGCUUACAGUUCAUGGGCUUGAGCAGCAAGUUGUGUGGUUUCUGGUUGUGGGGUUUGGGUGGGUUUUUUUGUCUUGGCUAGGAGAGAAACUUAUUAAUGUCAUAUAGUAUAAUCAAAAGAUUUCCAAUGUUAAUGGUAGUAGGUUUAGUAGUUCUAAAGUUAGAGAUACCUGCACAAAGGUGUAACUUCAGUCUAACCAUACAUGGGAAGAGGGCUCAAGUAUCUCCAAAGUCACACCUAUAAAGUAAAUUCCAAGAGCUAACAGUUCACUAAACAGAUAAUUACCUCUUGAGCAUUUCACUCUUAAAAAGAAAUGAGUAAAUGUUUUUCUUCUCCAUUUUGAUGUCCACUUCAUGAAUUACAUCCUUCUGUUCUUAGCAAUAUGAUGUUAAUUGAAAAGAAAGUUGAUGCUUCCUUGCAGCCUGGCUUUGAGAAGGUUCUGAAUAGAUAACUUCAGGACUGCAUUACAGUUUAGUGUAUAGCCUUCUGUUUUUAGAUAUAUCAUGCAUUCCCUCAUUUUACAGCCGUCAAGCAUGUAACAUUACCUGGUAAUCAUCUAGUUUUCCCUGUAUGCUCCCUUUUCAGUAAUGCUUCAGUAAACAUAAUUUGUGGAAUCUCUUCCACUUGUACCAUCAGAUGAUCAAUUUUAUACUAUGUGCCUGGUAUGCAUUUUGAGGAUUAGGCACUGUGCUUGCCACUCUUGCACCAAGGGUCCAGAGUUGUAGCAUUUGUUUUUUUAGUUGGCACCAAUGCAGUUCUUGUCAAAGAUGGCUUUUGUUUCUACUCUCUGCAGCAGAGAUAUCUUUAAUGCAAAUUGUUGAUAUAGACUCUUAUUAUAAUUUACUCAAGCUUUUUAAAUGGUAUUUUUAACACUGCAAAUUUUUGAGAGAAGUUGAUGAUGUAGGAAGAGGAGGUGCUCACCUUGACAGAGGUUCAGAGGAAGCUAUGGUCACCUGUGCUUGAGAGCAAGGACAUUGCUGACUGCUUCAGCUUCUUCCUCAAAAUGGUUGAGUUCAUCACAUUAUCUUAGAUAAUUACUCAAUUUAUCCUGCUUUUGUUUUAUUUGAGCUGCAAGGACGAAACAAGAAGCAGUCCCACUCCCUGUGACUUCAGGUUUCCCUCCUGCCCAAGGCACAGUCGUGAGCUGGAGCUGUUGCUCACAGCGGGUUGGCAGAGCUGUGAAUUUAGUUCAGCUCCAAAGAGACAAGAGACAAACUCACUGGGCAGGAGGAGAUGCAGUGUGUUUGGGCUUUGUGCAUUUGGCUGGGAUUGCUUAAACCAGGACGUUCUGGAUGCUCAGAAGUUUGUGAUUCCAAUUUGAAACUCAGGUGGUAAAAAUACUUCAUGUUUGUCAACACACUGAACUAAGUUGAAGCAAUAAAGAUGCAUGUAUGGUCAUGGUGUUCUAGUGGCAAUGUUCAGGAAAGCCAAAGGUUCAUUUUUCCUCAUUGCCCAACUAGGGAAGUAUAUGUGGGUUUGUUGUUUUUUUCUACCACUGAAGAUGGCAAAAGCCAAGAGCAUUAAGAAACUCAAAAGACUUGAGCACUGUGAGGCAAAAUGAGUAUUUUCAUCUGAAUGUAGUCUCGUGCACACAAGAAAGUACAAAUAAAUGGUUUGUUGUGCCUGGUUAGAAAAAUCUGAGCAACAUAUGCUCAGAAAAUGAGUCUACAAUGUAAGAUGAGAUUUUUAAACAGAAAUUUGCUAUCUGAUUGGGGGCCAAGCAGUGAUUUUAUUUUAACAUGCCUAGCACACAAGUUUCCUCAGUGUUGCAUUAUUUCAGGUGGCACUAAUAAAAAUGGAUCUGACUGUCAGUUCAUCGUGACUGUGUCAGUGCUCUGAGCAUUGCCACAACACAGUCAACAGCCUCCUACCAACCCCAAACCAGAUGUGUGAUUUGGAUGUUCUUUGCACUCUGGCUGUCUUCCCUAACUAACAUUACGCAUAAGUUCAUGUUACUCAAAGUAUACAGCCCCGAUAACAUUACUUAAGAACUCUAUUUACAGGGACAUUUCUUUUUUUCUACUGUAGUGCUCCAGUCCAUGCUCAUAUGUUUAUGUGUGCCUAUCUGUGCAUGUGAGUAAUUCUGAAAUAAUUUUCUGAUAGUGCUGUUACAAGUAAUGCACAUAAAAGCCCUUUGUACAGCAUAUUGAUAAUGUAAUUAUGGCUUGCUUUGUAUUAUUAGUUCCAAAGAAAAUACUGUGUGUUAAUUUUUAGAAGACCUGUGCCUUGAAUUCACCUCUUUUUAUCUAUUGUGAAAAAGAGCUUGGAUUACUUCUCCCAAUUUGUUGUCUUUAUUAGGAUCAGUCUUACUGUCCAGACUGUUGAUGUCCUUCUAAGAGAAAUAAAUCUUACAAUUCGUUAACUGUAAUAGUUAAACCUCGUGUUUAGAAUAUGCCUAGAAUGCUUCCAUUAUUACAGGCUGUGGCACAUUUAAUCUAGGGAAAUCAGUGUUUGUCUUGUCCCAUUCUUUGUUUCCAGUGCUCCUCAGUCACAGAGGAUUGGAGUUUAGCCUUUGCCUUCCUGUUCUUAACAUGUACAGUUUCUUGUUUUAGUCAACAGCCUCUCCGCUCUUUCUGAACACUCUGACUUGUCAGUCAUGAACCUCUUGUUCAAUAUACGUAAUAUGAAGCAAUAAUAUGGUGCAGCAUGGCAAUAAGCAAAUAAAGAGACUUGAAUGUAAUGUACUAUUACUAAUUUCAUCUGUGUAAAUGCUGGACUUGUGAGUCAUUCUCCUCAUGGUGCACCUGUAGCAAUUCGGAGUUGGAUUAAUAGGAGCUACGUGGACACGGAAAGAGUUUACCUCCUGAACUGUUACUCAUGAUAUCUUCACCUGAAAUCAUGUUUUGAUUUUCCUUUUUGCUGAGGAAAACAGCAUUUUGUUAUUCCUUGCCAGUUCCUUUAUUUAAUGAAACAUAAAAGGCAUAGUUCUGCAAAGAGCUGAUACUGUCUUCAAGAACAACCUGGUGCAGCACAAAGGACAUUUGAACAAAAAAAGUGCAGACCACUUACUGUGUGCCAGAGUCAAUGUAACGUUACCCUGCAUAUAACAUUAAGGUCUUCAGAUUGUGCUGGCAGUAGGAAAGUGAUUUUGUAAUGUAGCACAACUGCAAUAACACCUGUUAUAUUUAAGUAUAUUUCUUGCAUAAUUCUUUGAAAGUUUUUUAAAGUUCAGUGUAUCUAAUAAACAUUUGCCUUUUGAAUA